GCUCAAAGCCGGCCGUUGUGUAUAUAUAGGAGUACUCGACCGAGGGAAUCAUCGUAGUUCACUGGUGAACGUCGUAAGUCGAGCAUCGCUCCCGCAGGUAGAACAGAAGCAAUUCAACAGCAACAUGAUACGAUUUCUAAUCUUGGUCGGAGUCUUCGUUGCCGCAACAACAGCGCAGCAGCCAAGUGGACGAAUCUUAGAGCCGCCCGUUCCUGUGGCCUGCGCUCAAAGGACUAUUCACGAGCGCUUCAAUGGCAAAGGAUACUACUACUCGUGGGCAGAUCCUAGGACAGCUGGUCAGGAGGUCGACUGGCUAACUGGAAGGAAUUUCUGUAGACAGCGAUGCAUGGAUCUCGUUUCAUUGGAAACGUCAGCCGAGAACGAAUUCAUCAAGAGCCGCAUCGUCCGCAACAAAGUCAAGUAUAUUUGGACUUCCGGGCGCCUCUGCGACUUUAAGGGCUGCGAUAGACCCGAUCUUCAGCCACUUCAGGUGAACGGAUGGUUUUGGACUGCCGAACUUCAAAAACUUGCCCCUACUACUGACCGAAGCCAAAAUGAUUGGUCCGAAAAUGGAGGUAUUGGUAAGCCGCAACCUGACAAUCGAGAGGCCAUUCAGGGUGGAGCUCCCGAAAAUUGUCUCGCCGUAUUGAAUCAGUUCUACAACGACGGUGUCAACUGGCACGACGUUGCCUGUCAUCACAAAAAGCCCUGGGUUUGCGAGGAGAACGACUCACUUUUAAAAUACGUGCGCUUCACUAACCCUAACAUUCGAGUUUAAAUCCAACCAACGUACAUAUCAUUAAAAUCCUAAGAUUUCCGAAGUAAACUGUUUUACCGGCACCUACUCUCCAAUAGUCGACUGUACAAUAAUAAAACAUUAA